GGCGAUAUCAAUUUUAGGUUCUACGUCCAAAAGUUUUUUUAUAAUACUUGCCUAUCAAGAUGGGUCGUCGUCCAGCCCGAUGCUAUCGUUAUUGCAAGAAUAAAGCAUACCCUAAAUCGCGUUUCUGUCGUGGUGUCCCAGAUCCCAAAAUUCGCAUCUACGAUCUGGGUCGUAAAAAGGCUAAUGUAGAAGACUUUCCAACAUGCAUCCAUUUGGUAUCAGAUGAGUUUGAGCAGUUGUCAAGCGAAGCGUUAGAAGCAGCUCGUAUCUGUUGCAACAAGUACAUGGUAAAGUACACCGCGAAAGAUCAAUUUCAUAUCCGUAUACGUGUCCAUCCUUUCCAUGUUUUACGUAUUAACAAGAUGUUGUCGUGCGCCGGUGCCGAUAGAUUGCAAACAGGUAUGCGUGGUGCCUUUGGUAAACCUUACGGCACUGUAGCUCGUGUAAAAAUCGGACAGCCUCUUAUCUCAAUCAGGACAAAAGAUAAUCACCAAGCUAAGGCUAUUGAAGCUUUAAGACGUGCUAAAUUUAAGUUCCCUGGACGCCAAAAGAUUUAUGUUUCUAAGAAAUGGGGAUUUACUAAAUGGGAUAAAGAAGACUAUUUACAGAUGCAGCAAGAUGGUAAAUUGCUAUCUGACGGUGUUGGUUGUCAGUAUUUGAAGGAUCAUGGUCCCUUAUCUGCAUGGAUGGCUCGCCAGCAUUAAGUGAAUGGCUGUUAACCAGUUUUACGUCAUUCCGUGAAGCUAUCGAAAAUUGUUGUAAAAAUGCAUCGGUUACAAUAAAGUUUACC